CGGGCUCGCUGUGGUGGGCGGGGCACCGGAGGCGGCUGUGGUGGCGGAGCUGGGUGGCCACCGCCUCCCAGGGCCUGCCCCGGCGGCAGCCUCGGCGAUGCCGCUGCUGGUGGAGGGACGGCGAGUACGGCUGCCGCAGUCGGCCGGGGAGCUGGUCCGGGCACACCCGCCACUAGAGGAAAGAGCCAGACUUCUCAGAGGUCAGUCUGUUCAACAAGUGGGACCCCAGGGCCUUCUGUAUGUUCAGCAAAGAGAACUUGCAGUGACUUCCCCAAAGGAUGGCUCCAUCUCCAUUCUGGGUUCUGAUGAUGCUACCACUUGUCACAUUGUGGUCCUGAGGCACACAGGCAAUGGGGCAACCUGUUUGACACACUGUGAUGGAACUGACACCAAGGCUGAGGUCCCCUUGAUCAUGAAUUCCAUAAAAUCCUUUUCUGACUAUGCUCAGUGUGGAAGGCUGGAGGUGCACCUUGUGGGAGGCUUCAGUGAUGACAGACAGCUGUCACAGAAACUUACUCAUCAACUUCUUAGUGAGUUUGACAAACAAGAUGAUGACAUUCACUUAGUGACAUUAUGUGUGACAGAAUUAAAUGACCGGGAAGAAAAUGAAAACCACUUUCCAAUUAUUUAUGGCAUUGCUGUCAACAUUAAAACUGCAGAGAUCUACAGAGCUUCCUUUCAAGAUAGAGGCCCAGAGGAGGAGCUGCGUGCUGCACGAGCUUUAGCAGGAGGCCCAAUGAUUAGCAUUUAUGAUGCAAAGACAGAACAACUUCGAAUAGGCCCGUAUUCCUGGACGCCAUUUCCACAUGUGGAUUUCUGGUUGCAGCAAGAUGACAAGCAAAUACUAGAGAACCUUUCCACUUCACCUUUGGCUGAGCCCCCCCAUUUUGUUGAACAUAUUAGAUCUACCUUGAUGUUUUUAAAAAAAUAUCCAUCUCCAGCAAAUAUACUGUUCCCUGGAAAUAAAGCUCUCCUCUACAAAAAAAAUGAAGAUGGCUUAUGGGAAAAGAUCUCUUCUCCAGGAAGCUAAAAAAUGAGUUACCAAAGAAAACUUUUUGGCAUGAGAAAAGACCAUUGGUGGGGUUUGGAAUCUACAUCUGUACAGUCUUAAGUCCUAUUCCUUUUUCGGCAUCUGAUGAGUUUCAAAAUAAAAUCUUAUUUUGGCAAAGGUA